UUUAGUCAAGGAGUUACAGAAUUUUGAGUUUUGAGCUGCCGAUUUUGCCGUUUCCUGCAAUAAUUUCGACAAAGCGUGGACCAUUUCUGGUGGUUUCAAAGACGAAGAUCUCGAAACGUUGAAGCGGAACCAGUUACGAAUUGUGAUCGACGUUUUAUGACUUCUGUGUUUGUCGGAUUCUGAAUUUGGUGUUUUCUUCUCUCUGCCUCCAAUAGUCAGAACAGGACCAAAACUUGUCUCCUUUGAUCCUUUCUUUUUCGUUAGAGGAAUCAAAGAGUGCUAUUGGGAGUUUGGGACGAAAGUGAAGGAAUGAAAAUGUGCAGUUCUUUGUAGCACAACUUUAAGCCUGCACAGAAAGUAGAUAUCAGAUAACGACCUGUAGGUAUAUUACUGAGUGGAACAAUGAGAAGACCCAGUCAAAUGAUGAGGCUUCUAAUAACUUCCUUUUUUGGGGUUAUAGUCGGUUUCCUUAUGGGUAUUACUUUUCCAACCCUAACCUUAACUAAGAUGAAUCUUCCAUCCACAUUGUUCCCUUCCAUCGAUCUUGCAUACAUUGAGGAUAAAUACACAGACUUAUCCAGACAGAGACUGUUUGGUGCUUGGUCUUCCACAAAGGGCCUCAAAAUCAAGAAAGACAUCCCUGAUCCACCCUAUAACUAUAAUGACACUAAGAUAUGGGUUCCUACUAACCCCCGUGGUGCUGAGAGGCUACCCCCAGAUAUAGUCACAACUGAAUCAGAUUUGUACCUCCGUCGAUUGUGGGGUGACCCAAAUGAGGAUUUAACAAUCAAGCAGCGUUAUCUAGUAACAUUUACGGUUGGUUAUGAUCAGAGGAAAAAUGUAGACACUGCGUUGAAGAAGUUCUCAGAUAACUUCACUAUAAUGCUGUUUCACUACGAUGGCCGGGCCAGUGAAUGGGAAGAAUUUGAAUGGUCCAAGCGAGCCAUUCAUGUGAGCAUUCGGAAACAAACAAAAUGGUGGUACGCCAAGCGAUUUCUACAUCCUGACAUAGUUGCCCCCUAUGAAUAUAUCUUCAUAUGGGACGAGGAUCUUGGCGUGGAACAUUUUAAUUCGGAAAAAUAUCUGGCGGUGGUAAAGAAACAUGGUUUGGAAAUCUCACAGCCUGGGUUAGAGCCAUAUGAAGGGCUCACAUGGGAGAUGACAAAGAAAAGAGACGACACUGAAGUCCACAAGCAUGCUGAGGAGAGGAAUGGCUGGUGCAAUGAUCCAAAUUUACCCCCUUGUGCAGCCAGAUUCGUCGAGAUUAUGGCUCCUGUUUUCUCCCGUAAAGCAUGGCGCUGUGUGUGGCAUAUGAUUCAGAACGAUUUAGUCCAUGGGUGGGGUCUGGACUUUGCGGUUCGAAAAUGUGUUCAGAACGCGCACGAGAAAAUUGGAGUUGUAGAUGCUCAAUGGAUUAUUCAUCAGGGUGUUCCAUCACUCGGGAAUCAAGGACAACCAGAGCAAGGGAAACAACCAUGGGAAGGGGUGCGUGAAAGGUGCAGGAGAGAGUGGACGAUGUUUCAAGACAGAUUGGAUAAUGCAGAGAAAGCUUAUCUUGAAGCAUCUGCUCACAACAAUGCUUCUUCACGGCUUCACCGGUGAAAAAAAA